AUGGCAGCUUCACCAAUAACAGUGGCCGUUGUUCAUACUCCAUACUGGAAUAUCUCAGAUGUCGCUUUCCUCAGAGAAGGGCCGCACACCGUCUUAGUACCUGCACUCCUGUAUCUCAGAGCCACAGAUAUUGAAGCGACACAUCCAACACCCCGCCCGCCGCAACGGGCCCACGAACGAAAGAGAAAACGACCUCGAACAAGCCAUCGUGACUCAUGUCAUAAAUUCGUUCACCAGUAUUCACCAAGUCCAGAAGCAGAGCAUUCAAAAUUGGCUCCCUGCUCAGUCGACUGCAGCGAUUCGGCCGGCGAGCAUGAUCAAGACCCUGCAGACAUUCUUCAUGACCUGAAUGUGACGGAGCACGAGCGAUUACUACUCCAUGGUCUCCAAAAUGAUAUACGGCAAGAGUAUUACGGUUCGACACCAAGCUUUGAACCCGAAUCCAAGAGAAUGAGACAUGACAUUGAUGCCUUGAGGGCGAUGGAACAAAGGUCGCUAGAAGAGGAAAAGGACGAAUAUGAACGAUGGGUAAUGGGCUCAUGGGAUAAUUUGUUCUCAAGAGCAUCUGUUUACCCCGAGUAA